AGGGGGGAGGGAAAAAGUCAGAUCCACUUUCCAUUGCUCCUUAUACGCAGGAUCCGCGCUGCUUGCACCUCACCUCUCCUCUAACUUCGGGAAGUUCACGUAUAGUUUAGGAUUUGCCGUCGCUGCGCUGCUGUAGGUUGGAAUGCCUGAAAAUAUAUCACUGGGAUUUCUGUCCAUACUGGAGCCUUGGAUGACUUAAAAGAAGAUUCUGCAUCACCCGACAGAAAGAAAGAGAGAACUCCAGCCCGACCCUUGCUCAUUCACCCUGGAUGGGGGGAUCUGGCUGUUGCCCCUCUUUUGGACCUCACUCAUUUGUUGUAAGUGGGCCCUGAUGUAGGAUUACUCCGCGGCACUUGGAUCCGUGUACCCAUCUCGAAGGUGCUGAGAUUUGGGAUGCGUUCUUCGCGUUGACUGGAGCAGGACUCGGGAUCUGUCUCUAGAGAGCUGCUUGUGCUUCGCUGUUUAUCCUUGCCAGGCACACGCCUGCUGUAGGACAAGGGAUCCUCUUACACCAGACUCCAGGAUCUGGUCUCCCUUGUGGGGAGAGGGACUCCGCAGUGCCUGGGACCUCACAGUGAUAAAUCCAGCUCAUGCUUACACAAAGCCAAUCGGAUGGGGUUGUUGUCAGCGUGGCGCUCAGGGAAAGCAGGGGGCGGGUACACUGACAGGAUGCUGCUGCUUUGCUUGAUUUUGAUUGGCCUGGCAAGCGCACGUCCGUCUUACAGCCGAGUGGAGGACACCACUGUUGAACCAGAUGAACCUCCGACAAAAUACCCAAUCCCGCAGCUAGAUGUUUUUACGGUUCUCCCUGGCGAGUUACUCGAUCUGCAUUGUCCUCGUUCCGAUGCAUCGAUGGUGACUUGGACUAAAGAUGGGGUGAAGUUAGAGGCCAACAAUAGAACGGUGAUUGUCAGAAACUUCUUACAGAUAAAGGAUGCUACCCCCAGGGACUCAGGGCUCUAUGCCUGCAGUACUCAUUUCUUCCUUGUGAAUGUCACAGAAGCCAGCUCAUCAGGUGAUGAUGAAGAUGAUAAUGAUGGUGCGGAAGAUUUCUCCAACGAUAACAACAACAAUAUAAAACCUCCUUACUGGACAAACACAGAGAAGAUGGAGAAGAAACUUCACGCUGUUCCUGCUGCCAACACUGUGAAGCUACGCUGUCCUGCUGGAGGGAACCCUACUCCACAUAUGAGAUGGUUAAAGAACGGCAAGGAGUUUAAGCAGGAGCAUCGGAUUGGGGGGUACAAGGUCCGAAACCAGCACUGGAGCCUCAUCAUGGAAAGCGUUGUUCCCUCAGACAAAGGGAGCUACACUUGCAUCGUGGAAAAUGAACAUGGAUCCAUUAACCACACUUACCAUCUCGAUGUCAUUGAACGUUCCUCUCACAGACCCAUAUUGCAGGCUGGCCUUCCGGCGAAUCUCACUGUCACAGUUGGAGGAGAUGCUGAGUUUGUUUGUAAGGUGUACAGCGAUGCUCAGCCUCAUAUCCGCUGGGUGCGAUAUGUAGAGAAGAAUGGGAGCCGAUUUGGUGUAGAUGGACUCCCUUAUGUGAAGGUCUUGAAGGCUGCCGGUGUUAACGUUACAGAUGAAGAGAUAGAAGUCUUGUAUGUCAGGAAUGUUUCUUAUGAGGAUGCGGGGGAAUAUACUUGUAUAGCUGGAAAUUCUAUUGGGAUUUCUCAACACUCUGCCUGGUUGACGGUUCUUCCAGACCCAGAGACCCCCACUGAGGAGACCGCUGUACCUUAUUACACAGAGGUUGGGAUAUACACUGGUGGUUUAAUACUUAUCACCGGCAUGGUGGUGGUCUGCAUUGUUUACCACUGUCGACAAGGAGGCAAGAAGAAGAAGGAUUUCAGCGGCCCUCCUGUAGUCCACAAGCUCAGCAAACGUAUCCCGCUACACCGCCAGGUGUCCACCGAUUCCAGCUCCUCUAUGAACUCCACCACACCACUGGUGAGGAUCACAACACGUCUUCUGUCCAGCGCAGACACCAUGAUCCUGCCAAACGUCUCUGAAUAUGAGCUGCCUCAGGACCCCAGAUGGGAAUUCCCAAGAGACAAGAUGACACUGGGUAAACCCCUUGGAGAAGGCUGCUUUGGUCAGGUUGUCAUGGCUGAAGCUUUAGGAAUUGAUAAAGACCGUCCUAAGGAAUCUGUGACGGUGGCUGUGAAGAUGUUGAAAGAUGAUGCCACCGAAAAGGAUUUGGCUGAUCUGGUAUCAGAGAUGGAGAUGAUGAAAAUGAUCGGAAAACAUAAAAACAUUAUCAACUUACUAGGCGCGUGUACCCAAGGAGGCUCUCUCUAUGUGAUUGUGGAAUACGCUGCUAAGGGGAAUUUACGUGAAUUCCUCCGGGCUCGACGGCCUCUAGAGAUGGAGUAUUCUUUUGAUAUCAAUAGGGUUCCAGAAGAGCAGAUGACCUUCAAAGACUUGGUAUCAUGCACUUACCAACUAGCCAGAGGCAUGGAGUACCUGGCAUCCCAAAAGUGCAUACACAGGGAUCUGGCUGCCAGAAAUGUCCUGGUAACUGAAAGUAACGUUAUGAAAAUAGCUGACUUUGGCCUGGCUCGGGAUGUCAACAAUAUUGAUUAUUACAAAAAAACAACAAAUGGUCGGCUUCCUGUCAAGUGGAUGGCUCCAGAAGCUCUGUUUGACAGAGUUUACACUCAUCAGAGCGAUGUCUGGUCGUUUGGUGUGUUGAUGUGGGAGAUAUUCACUCUUGGGGGUUCUCCAUACCCUGGAAUUCCUGUUGAGGAACUUUUCAAGCUGCUGAAAGAGGGACAUCGAAUGGACAAACCAGCCAAUUGUACCAAUGAAUUGUACAUGAUGAUGAGAGACUGCUGGCAUGCUAUUCCAUCACACAGACCCACCUUCAAGCAGUUGGUGGAAGAUCUGGACAGAAUACUCACACUUACAACCAAUGAGGAAUACCUCGACUUGUGCGCCCCACUGGAGCAGUAUUCACCUAGCUUCCCGGACUCCUCUUCCGCUUCUUCUUCUGGUGAUGAUUCGGUCUUUUCCUCCGAGCCUCAUGAUCCCUGCCUCCCAAAAUUCCAGCAUGUCAAUGGAAGUGUGAAAACAUGAGCUAUGCAGCGUUCUGCAGCCCUCUCCCCAAACUGCUGGUCAUAUGGACAAUUUCUGCAGAACGCAGAGGAAUGUGAACACUUCUAUGGAAGAGGAUACCAAGUGGGAACAGAGCCUAGGUUGGACCCCUCUGUUCCUUCGCUAUUAUUCCUCAUGUGGGCAUCAAAUUUGCUGGAUACAAGCAUGACCCACAGGUGGUGACACUGUGCACAGAGGCAGCAGGAAGAAUAAUAACUUUUUCAGACAUGUUAAUCAGCUACUGAAUGACUCCAGGGUUCUUCCAUUGGACUCAAGGCUAAUUCAUAUUCUUGCCUUUCUUGUUAAUUUUGUAAUAUUUUGAGAAGAUAUAUUCCAGCACCCCUAACCUUUCCCACCCAUCACCUGAGCACAUACACAGCAAUGUCGCUGCUGGACAUAAAUGUAAAUAUAGUAAAAGUAUGUAUAAAUAUAUAAAUAUAUAUUAUAUAUUUACAAUGAAUUAUUUUUUGUAUUGAUUUAAAAAAAUGUAAAAAAAAAAAUGAUAAGCACCAUUCUUAGCCGAAGUUUUCUUUAGUAGAGAACCCUGGCAUCGAGUUGGGAUUUUUUUCUUUUUUGCUAAUUUGCAAAAAUCUCUAAUAUAUGUAUGUCGUUCUUUGGGCCAAGAUGUUCUUUUUGUUUUGUUGUUUUUUUAUAGAGUGCAUUGCAAAUAGUGUACUGCAGGGACAUCUGGUAACAAAGAGUUAAAAUUAAACCAUUACUUAAAAUCACAAAACAAAAAUAUACAUCACUAAAUUGGGUAUUAUGAGAUCGUAAAAGGCAAAGCUUACACAUGCCUUAUUGUAAAAAGAUAUAUAUGAUAUUUAUGCUUAAAACAGAAAGGGAAAUAGUCUUCCUUAAACAAAAAAGAACAAAAA